CACGUGCGUGUGAUAUGUGUACAUUCGUAGUUUAUCAAAUAUUAUUUUAUUUAAUAUUUACUUUUAUUUAUCAAAAUAGCAAUAUUUUUAGGUUAUUACGUGAUGUUUAAAUAUACUUUUUGUUUAAAGUAUUUACAAUUGUUUAAUUUUAAUAAAUUCUCACGAAAUUGUAUUUAAAUAAACAAUAUUCAUAGAUAUUGCAAAUAUGGAUGUGAAAUUAAGUGAUGGGUAUUUUGACUUGUGCAUAAAUGCAACGAAAGAUAAUAUGUCGAAUUUGCAUAGUAUUUUAUUAAGGUUAUGUGAAAUGGGAUUUAGGACAGUGGCAAUCAAUCAAACCAUUGAUGAUAGUAUUUUUGAUACCGAUAAAAAGAAGAAAAAGAAAAAAUCAGAGAACAAUGAAAGCUCAAUUAUGGUUCCUAAUCCAUUUAAUAUAGAUGAUUUAGUAAAAGAAUUUAAAGACAAACUUCGCAUUUUUAAUAGGCUUACAUUUAUUUAUUCUGAUCCAUUAAAAACUCACAUAUUGAACCAUUGCAAUAAUUUGAAAAAGUUUCAUUUAUAUUCUGUAAUACCAAAAACAAAAGCAGCACUUCAGUUUGCAUGUUCGCAACUGAAUACAGAUAUCAUUACCAUAAAUGCAUCCUGUACUGGAUUUAAAAUGAAUAGAAAACUUUAUUUACAAGCUGUAGAAAGAGAUGUACAUUUUGAAAUACAAUAUACAGAUAUAUUAAAUCCAGAACAGCGGAAAAUUUCUAUUCAUCAUGCACAUUUAUUUUAUGUAUAUGGAAAAAGCAAGAAUGUAAUAAUAUCAAGUGGGGCAAGUAAUGUUACAGAAAUCAGAAAUCCUUAUGAUAUCAUAAACUUGGGAGCUCUAUUAGGAUUAAAUGAAGUUAAAUCUAAAGCAGCUAUUCUAUAUCAAUCCAAACACCUACUUUUGAGAGCAGAAAGACGACGUUAUGGUAAAGUUUUUGCUAUAAGGAUAGAAGAAAAGUUAGAAGAAGACAAUCACAGUGAAUCAAAUGCAAAAAAGCUAAAGUUAUGAGUACUGUAAAUAUCACUGAAUAUAUAUCAACAUAUUUUAAACUAAUAUUUCAUCCAGAAAAAAUAAAAUCUAUUUAUUUUUCUUUUUUCAUA